AUGACGGAUUGGGAGUUAAUAGUGAUCGGUAUGACUUCUGAGAAAAAUGCACAAAUUGGACAAGCGCGCGAAACGUUUCAGUUGUUGUACCAAAUUUCCCAGCUUCUCAAUACGGGGCUAGACGCAGAAACUUUAACAAUAUGUAUACGACUUUGUGAAUUAGGAGUGGAACCUGAAGCAUUGGCUCUUAUAAUUAAAGACAUCAGAAAAAUGGGGGAGAAUGCCAUUGAAAAUAAACCCCCUAAUCCACAGUUU